AUGAUGGACCUUUUUGAAACUGGCUCCUAUUUCUUCUACUUGGAUGGGGAGAAUGGAGCCCUGCAGCAGCUGGAGAUGGCUGAGGGAUCCCCGCUGUACCCAGGCAGCGAUGGCACCUUGUCUCCAUGUCAGGACCAAAUGCAGCCGGAGGCCGGCAGUGACAGCAGCGGAGAGGAGCAUGUGCUGGCACCCCCGGGACUACAACCCCCUCACUUCCCCGGCCAGUGUUUGAUCUGGGCUUGUAAAACUUGCAAGAGAAAGUCGGCCCCCACGGACAGACGGAAGGCAGCCACCCUGCGGGAGAGGAGAAGGCUGAAGAAGAUCAACGAAGCCUUCGAGGCUCUGAAAAGGCGGACUGUGGCCAACCCCAACCAGAGGCUGCCCAAGGUGGAGAUACUGAGGAGCGCCAUCAGCUACAUCGAGAGGCUGCAGGACCUCUUGCACAGGCUGGAUCAGCAGGAGAAAAUGCAGGAGAUCGGGGGAGACCCCUUCAGCUUCAGCCCCAAGCAGGGAAAUAUCCCCAGUUCGGACUUCCUGAACACCUGCAGCUCCGACUGGCAAAGCGUUUCUGACCAUUCCCGAGCCCUAGGAGUCAGCCCCAAAGAAGGGGUCUCCGCUGUCGAGUCGUCGGCCUCCAGCAGCCUUCGCUGCCUCUCCUCAAUAGUGGACAGUAUUUCUUCCGACGAUCCCAAACUGCCCAGCGCGGAGGAAGCGGUGGAGAAAUAA